AUGAACGCCGGUGUCGGAGGAUUGAGGCUGUGUUCCAACGGGCGAUCGUGUCCCGGCUACGGUGACGCGUAUGCCGACGUCUACUGUUGCCCGUCGAUCGUCAAUCCAGGAGACUUCUACUGCUGUGACCUGCUGACCAAACAGAGGAGCGAAGCCCAUGGUCUUUGGAAAGAGUAUGUAGAUGUUGUUUUUUGUCAUUACGACAAACUCGAAAACUCUGUUAUGAUUUUCAGCAGGGUCGGUGAAAUUAUCGGCGCCUUCAUCGGGGCAUUCGCCGUCUUCGUCGUCCUUGUCGUGCUGUGCUGCUCUUACUGUCACUGUUGCUACCUGUACAAAUUGAAACAGAAGCGAAUACGGAACCAUGCAGGACCGAAUUUCCAUUGUGGACCGACGGCCAUUGGCUUCUCGCGGAAUCUGUACGUCGACAGGACGCAGUUGGAUAACUCAUGUUCAUCGUUACCUUACUUUCAUGGCUCAACGUGGGACCAUAAGUCGCAGUUCUUUGGAGCCCCUCCACCGCCGUACACGGUCGCCAAUCAGUACACGUGGUCCAGCUCGCGGAUGUCAACGUCGCCGGCGUUUCCCGUUUCAUGA